CGUAACCACCAGUGCAUCAGCAUUUCAUUUAAAGAUAGUUUCACUUUAGCUGCUUUCACUUUGCUCAAACAAAUCUACAAGGAGACAUGUCGCGCAUGAACCUCUACAAUAUGGCUCGGGCCUGGACCCCCUACAUGAUGUUGUUGUUGUUUCUACUGCGCUGCAUUUCUGGAGGUUCUGGAGCUUAUGUGGAGACAUUGGUUGGGGAGAGAGUGACCCUGGUUGACCCAGAACGAUGCCCGAGUGGGUCUCUGCUUCAACACCAGCUAACACCUCAACACGCACCUCAACAUGUGGCCAUUUUUAGAAAGGGUCAGUGGUCUCCAGCGUCUGGCUAUGAAGAUCGGUUGACUCCAGGGGGCGGCGUAGAGUUUAAACAGGCGAUGAUCAACGACGAAGGAAUCUAUAUACUUAACUGUAGUCCCAUUGCAAAAGUCCUUGAGCUGAAGGUUCUGGUCCCAUAUGAUAUGUGCUGCUCAUUGGGAGGAUCUGUGAAGCUGCCAUGUUACUUCAAAACCAGAGAAGAAGCAAUAAAGAGUGUGCGCUGGAAAAGAGGGUCAGAGCUGGUCAUUGAACACAGAUUUGAGCCCAAGAAGAUACUUUAUGGAGACAGGUUCAGAGGCAGAGUGAAGAUGUCCCAGGAUGCCUAUAACAGAGGAGACCUGUCCCUCACCCUUCAGUCUGUCCACAGUCGAGACCAGGAUCAGUUCUUCUGUCAGGUCCAGGCCUCUGAGAAGUACUACACCCAGACCGUACUCCAACUCAGGGUCAGUAACGCAAAUGGGAAUCAGAGCCUUCUCAUCACGGAAAGCAAUGCUGCCACGCCCUCUCCCACACUCUGGACUAUCUCCGUACUUUCUGUGUUAUUACGUAUUUCCUCUGUAGCUGUAUUGAUUCUUACUAUUUGAUUGAUAAAACGAAUCUUGACCUGAAAGCUUUAAAGUAAAAAAAUAUGUUAUGUUAUGUCCCCUAUGCCCAACAAGGUACACAACGAGUAUAAAACAAUCCUUGAGGCAAGUAGGUUUGGCACUUUUUAUUUUUAGGCCAAACAUUCACCAAUACGUGUAAAAAAACAAACAAAAGGUUGGUGGGAGAAGGCAUGUGCCAGUUGUGCCAAAUCAACAAACCAAAAAUAUAACAAAACAGGCCCUAACUGAAAACUUGGCUGCAAAAGGAAAGAAAUCAAAAAGCCUAGCCUACCUGAUCUAAAAAGGAGAAUUUGGAAAACUCAAUACAACAAGGGUGGCAACAACUGAUAAACUAAUGUGUCUAACAAAGAAAAUCUGCUUGAUGCAAAGUGUAUAGGGAUCCCCAACUUAUCUAUAACCAACCUCCCAACCAAACAGAGAGAGAGAGAGACCUGGCUCAAAAAAAACAAACAAAAAAAACAAAACAAUUGCAGGUGUUCUUAUUAUUAUUUCACUGUUAUUAGUUUUGAAAAUGGAAAGUAACACAUGGAAAACACAGGGAUUGUUGUCACCUGGAAGGAAUGAUAUGGUACAAUAAGACUUGAC